CAAGAUCCUAUCCUUUGUGGAUCCUAUGCUUUCCCCUUCCAAAGUCAAUAAUCGUUGAGAAACGCUAUUGACAAAAGUUAACCAACGUUGUCUGUCCAUUCCCUAACCCAUCUGGCUGACCCACUGAGUUCCUCCAACACUUUGUGUUUUGCUCAAGAUGUCAGCAUCUGCAGUUUCUUGUUUUCUCUUUGUUCUGCACAUCAAUCCCCUCUCCCCCCCUUCUCUGCCACAAAGCAAACUUGCAUCUCUUCCUUUCUCAUUUCCGACAAAGGGUCGGAGACCCUAAACACUGCCCCUUUCUCUUCCAACAAGUCCCGCCUGAUCUGGCGAGUUAUUCCGGCAUUUUCUGUUUUUUAAAGUGGAUUUUUUAAAUGAGUUCUGGCAUAUUAAAGACUUGCCUCCCUGUUGUUUGAUUUUGGUUUGAUUGUACAGGCGAAUACAUUUUCAGUUAACUAUAUUACUGUACAUGGUGCUGCCAAGUUGUACAAAUAGCCAACAUUCCCUUUAGACCGCUGAAUCUUAGCUGAAAAGUAGCACCGAGUGAUAAAGGCGUCUGAAGUCUUUUGUCUGCAACCCUGGUUGUAUUGUUAAGAGGGAGAGGCCUUAAUGCUGACUCUUGCAAACGCUGCCUGGGCGAUUUCUCUUUAAAGUAAGAGUAGAGAGGGUUAAGUGUUGUAGAAUUUUGGCCAUUGAUAAUUGUAUUAGGGGUGACCUUUUUAAUCCCGGCGGUGAGAUACUUGGGGAGUAUUUCCCCCCUUACAAUGAGGCGGCAGAUGUGAGCGUCGGCUGGGGAUGGGCUGAGGAUUAGCAUGCAAUGAGCUCACGGCACCACAUCGCAUGUGGGACCGAGGAGGAGAGCUCCAGUGACUCGCUGCCUCUGCCGGGACCGGGUCGGGGUUCCGUAAAGGCAGCCAAGCGGAUGAACCCGGUUCCCUGCCCCAACCUUGCCUUGCUGAAGAACCAUCACGGGAUUGCCCAGUGCCUCUGAAUUUGCAACUGAAGGGAGGACAAGGAAAGAAGAAGAAAAAAUUACACUUGUGCAUGUUUUUCUUGCCUGAGAAAUGAUUCACGUGUGGAUUUUCCUCAACGCUGUGUUACUGUGCAUCAUGACAGGGACUCUCUGCGAUUAUUGCAGUGAAACAGCUCGGUAUUCGGAUGCAAUAGUUUCCCCAAACAUGAAGACGAGCAAAAUCCUACGAGUUCCUCUGGCGGAUUCUAUGUCCGAAUGCACAUCGGCUUGUUGUGACUUUCCUGACUGUGACUUGGCGUGGAUGUUCCAGGGUCGUUGUUACAUUUUGAGCUGCCAGCGUGCGGAAGAGUGUGAACCAAAGAACACCAGCGCCAUGGAAUCUCACUUGACCUUUGUGCGGAGGUCAACUACUCUGAGGUCGAGUGUGCAGGAAGCCUUUUAUAGAGGCAGGGGCUAUCCCAUGGGCCAACUAGGUGGAUCUGCCUCAACUGGGAGGGACAGUAAGCUGGAAGAUCUCUUUGCACCAGAUCCGAGUCUCGAUGAUUCGACAGUGGCAGGCGCCAAAGGAGAUGACCAGAAAAUAUCCAUUAAUGACGGAAGCUUGCAGGGUUCCAGUAAGGAUCAGGAACAUGGUUCACAAGACUGGCUGGUGUGGGACCCCAACUAUGAUCUUGAUGUUUCUCCAGCCAAGGCUGGAGGAGUCAGUGAUGAAAGAGAGGAGGUUGGAAUUCACAGCGGGAUCUCAUCAGGUGUGGACUUCCCAGCCAAUGGACCUGAGCAGGAAGAGUGGCCUGAUGGGACAAAAGACGCAAGUGAUCUUAUGGCACUUGUCCCUUUGGAGACUGCGGGUAAAGAAGGUCUUCAGCACGAUUCAAAUGAAACUGAUGCUGGCACCCAAGAGGAAGAUGUCUUUCCUUCAAAUUCAUCACUUCCCAAACCACUCUCUGGGACAGCUGUUUCGGAAAACACCAGCUUUGCAGCCACACACCAGGAGAGGUCAGGAGCAGGUGUCCCGGAUGUAACUCCCGUAUCGGAGAAUCCACUGGCUUCACAGUCGGCGGGCACUGAAGUCACAACAGUGUCUGCAUUUACCCAGCAACCAGUUAAGGAACUGGUUGUAUCAGCUGGAACAAACAUUGUAGUCACUCGGCCCAAAGAUUCUGUGGAUCUGACUACCUUUGUAGUCCCCGCUCCAACUGCAGAUUCACCUUACAGCUAUAAGUGGAAUUUAGUGAGCAAUCCUGUGGACUUUGAAGGUCUAAUGGAAGGACAAGAUUCUCAGACACUGAAGCUAUCUCAGUUGUCAGAUGGCCUGUACAUCUUCAGAGUGUCUGUGUCGGGAGACGGUGCUUAUGGAGAAACUCUUGUCAACGUCACUGUGAAGCCUGCCUUGCGUGUAAAUCAGUCUCCUAUAGCCAUCGCCUUACCUGAAGUGCAGGAAAUCAACAUGCAUCCAAUUUCAGCAUUCAUCGAUGGAAGCCGAAGUACAGAUGAUGACAAGAUUGUGAGCUACCGCUGGGAGGAGAUUGAUGGUCCCCUGAGAAAACAGAAGGCGUCAGGAAACACGGCGGUCCUAUACUUGUCUAACCUAGUUCCUGGUAACUACACCUUUAGGCUCACAGUGCUCGACUCGGAUGGGGUAGAGAACUCGACCACUGCCAGAGUCAUUGUCACCAAACGGGUCGAUGAUCCGCCCGUUGCCGAUGCAGGGCCGAAUCAAGUGGUAACCCUGCCACGUAAUAACAUCACGCUGAACGGAAACCAGAGCAGAGACGACCACAUGAUUGUAAACUAUGAGUGGUCACUCAGUGCGGACAGCAAGAGCAAGGUCGUGGUGAUGCAGGGCAUGCAGAGUCCUUGCCUACAGUUGUCUGCGAUGCAGGAGGGCGAUUACACAUUUCAGCUGACUGUCACCGACUCUUCUGGGCAGCGGUCCUCAGCUGAGGUCACUGUCCUAGUGCAGCCUGAGGCCAACCGUCCCCCUGUGGCAAUUGUGGGUCCGGACAAGGAAUUAAUAAGUCCGGUUGAAAGCACCACUCUGAAUGGAGAGGGGAGUACUGAUGACCAGGGUAUUGCAUCGUAUCAUUGGGAACUGAUAAGUGGUUCCAAUGUGAAAAUUGAAGGCAAGGACAAGGCUGUUGCCACAGUUUUGGGACUUCAGAUUGGAGUCUAUCAGCUGAGACUGACAGUCACUGACCAACAGGGUCUGAACAGCUCAAAGAUGCUGGCAAUCACUGUCAAAGAAGAAGUCAACGGUUGUCCCGUGGCCAAUGCCGGAGGUAACCAUGUUCUGUCAUUGCCCAACAAUUCCAUCUCUCUUGAUGGCUCCAGAUCUACUGACGACCAAGCCAUUGUAUCCUACCUUUGGACCAGAGAUGGCCAGAGCCCGGCUGCAGGUGAAGUAUUGCAUGGUUCAGACCAUGAUGCAAUGCUGCAGUUGGCUAAUCUCGUGGAAGGGAAGUACAUUUUUCACCUGACAGUCACUGAUGCAAAGGGCAAGUCGGAUACAGACAGCAUCCUCGUUAAAGUGAGGCCUGAUUCUAGGAAGGAUGACUUGGUGGAGUUGGUUCUCCAUGUCGAGGUGAGCAGACUGACUGAGCAACAGAAGGAAACCCUUGUGCAGCAACUGGCCGUGAUACUGGGCGUCCGAGAUGAAGAUAUCAAAGUCCAGAAGAUUCAGGCGCAUUCUGAUUCCAGCACAGUGUUAACUUUCUACGUGCAGGGCAGGUGGCCAGACAGUGUACAUAAAGGGGCGGAUGUUGUCGGGAGUUUGCAGAAACGACUCAUGAGGGAGAAGGUGGACUUCCUGCUUUUUAAGGCAUUGAGAAUAGAUACAGUUGUCUGCUUCCUGCAGUGCUCAGGCCAUGGGCACUGUGAUCCAUUCACCAAACGCUGUGCCUGCUACCCGUUCUGGACGGAGAAUCCGUUAUGGCAUUACUUGUAUGAGGGAGAAAGCAACUGCGAGUGGAACAUUUUAUACGUGAUUCUGUCAGUGUUUCUAGCAAUCGUCAUAAUUGGAGGAAUUUGCUGGAUCUGUAAUUGUUGUUGCAAGAGAAAGAGGACGAAAGUAAGGAAGAAAACCAAAUACACCAUCUUGGACGAUAUGGAUGAUCAAGAAAGAGUGGCAUUGAGGCCUAAAUAUGGUUAGUGGUUUAAUGUACAGAUGCAAAGAGGUUUACAGAUGAUAUGAGUGAUUA